AGAAUUUUAAGAAAUCACACAGGUGUAUAUUAUUACUUUUACAAGAUGACUGAUCACUAUUAAGUCUUCUUUCACUUCUCAUUUCUCCUUAGGGCAUCCCACCCAGACUACAAGUUCUAGAAGGUAGGGACCAUGUCUGGGUUGUUUACUGGUGUAUUUUAGGACCUAGUACAUAGAUAUCAAUAAUACUUAUUUGAACGAAGGAAUGAAUAAUUAUAAUUGCAUGGUUUUCUGAUUACAUCGUCUCCCCCAAAUCAUUUCCAAACUCCUGUUAGCCCCCUAGAUUAUUACAUAGAGAGAAUACAAUUGUAGCAAUUCUUUUCGAAGACAACGCAUGGUGGCGCUGCAGGCUAAGGCGUCAAAAAUAAAGCCCAGGAAAUGCUACGAACUCUACCUCAGACCUCUAGCGGAAGAGAAAAGCCUGUAAGCAGAGCUCAGGACCAGUAAGUCUCCAGAGAACUCGACUCACCGACAUUUCCGGACAGGUUACCAACUGAGACAUCCAUUACUGUCUGAGUCCCAUCGCUCCCUAAAGUAGAUCUGGGGCCCUGUUCCUGGAAAGCUUUUGUGAAAGUAAAGAUGCAGGCCGGAGGGGCGCGCUUUCCUAAACAAAGGCAAGUCCUGAUUCUUUUUCUCUUGCUGGGAGUGGUUCUGGCAGGCUGGGAAUCCCGUCGCUAUUCUGUGAUGGAGGAAACAGAGAGCGGUUCCUUUGUAGCCAACCUGGCCAAGGACUUGGGUCUAGGAGUGGGGGAGCUAGCUGAGCGGGGAGCCCGGGUAGUCUCUGAGGAUAACGAACCCCGCUUACAGCUUGAUCUGCAGACUGGGGAGUUGAUAUUAAAUGAGAAGCUGGACCGGGAGGAGAUGUGCGGCCCCACUGAUCCAUGUGUAAUGCAUUUCCAAGUGUUACUGAAAAAACCGUUGGGAGUAUUUCGAGCUGAGCUACUGGUGAGAGACAUAAACGAUCAUUCUCCUGAGUUUCCUGAAAGAGAAAUGACGCUGAAAAUCCCAGAAAGUAGCCCUCCUGGGACCGUGUUUCCUCUGAAAACAGCUCAGGACUUGGACGUGGGCAACAAUAACAUUCAAAAUUACAAUAUCAGUCCCAACUCUCAUUUCCGUGUUUCCACCCGCAACUGGGGGGACGGCAGAAAAUAUCCAGAGCUGGUGCUGGACAAAGAGCUGGACCGCGAGGAGCAGCCGGAGCUCAGAUUAACCCUCACGGCGCUGGACGGCGGCUCUCCACCCCGGUCCGGCACCGCCCAGGUCAGCAUCCUGGUCCUGGACGUCAAUGACAACGCCCCUGAGUUUGCGCAGACGCUAUACCAGGUGCAGGUCCCCGAGAACAGCCCUGUAGGCACCCUAGUUGUCAAGGUCUCUGCUAGAGAUUUAGACACCGGGACAAAUGGAGAGAUAUCGUACUCCCUUUUUUAUAGUUCUCAGGAGAUAAGCACAACUUUUGAGCUAAACAGUCUGUCAGGAGAAGUUCGACUAAUCAAAAAACUAGAUUUUGAGACAAUAUCCUCAUAUGAGCUGUAUAUAGAUGCGUCUGAUGGUGGGGGACUUUCUGGAAAAUGCUCUGUCUCUAUCGAGGUGGUGGAUGUUAACGAUAACUCCCCAGAACUAACUAUUUCAUCACUUAUCAACCCCAUUCCUGAAAAUACCCCUGUGACAGAGGUGGCCCUGUUUAGGAUUCGAGACCGAGACUCAGGGGACAACGGAAGGAUGACUUGCUCCAUCCAGGAUGAUCUCCCCUUCCUCUUGAAACCAUCUGCAGAGAAUUUCUACACCCUGGUAACAAAUGGGGCACUGGACAGAGAGAGCAGAGCUGAGUAUAAUGUCACCGUUACAGUUACCGACUUGGGGACACCCAGGCUGAAAACCGAGCACAACUUAACCCUGCUGGUCUCCGACGUCAAUGACAACGCCCCCGCCUUCACCCAAACCUCCUACACCCUGCGGGUCCGCGAGAACAACAGCCCCGCCCUGCACAUCGGCAGCGUCAGCGCCACAGACGCAGACGCAGGCGCCAACGCCCAGGUCACCUACUCGCUGCUGCCGCCCCACGACCCGCACCUGCCCCUCGCCUCCCUCGUGUCCAUCAACGCGGACAACGGGCACCUGUUCGCCCUGCGGUCCCUGGACUACGAGGCCCUGCAGGCCUUCGAGUUCGGCGUGGGCGCCACAGACCGAGGCUCGCCGGCGCUGAGCAGCCAGGCGCUGGUGCGCGUGCUGGUGCUGGACGACAACGACAACUCGCCCUUCGUGCUCUACCCGCUGCAGAACGGCUCGGCGCCCUGCACCGAGCUGGUGCCCAGGGCGGCCGAGGCGGGCUACCUGGUGAGCAAGGUGGUGGCGGUGGACGGCGACUCGGGCCAGAACGCCUGGCUGUCGUACCAGCUGCUCAAGGCCACGGAGCCCGGGCUGUUCGGCGUGUGGGCGCACAACGGCGAGGUGCGCACGGCCAGGCCGCCGAGCGAGCGCGACGCGCCCAAGCACAGGCUGCUGGUGCUGGUCAAGGACAACGGCGAGCCGCCGCGCUCGGCCAGCUUCACGCUGCACGUGCUGCUGGUGGACGGCUUCUCGCAGCCCUACCUGCCGCUGCCGGAGGCGGCGGCCGAGCAGGCGCAGGCCGACCCGCUCACCGUCUACUUGGUCAUCGCCCUGGCCGCGGUGUCGUCGCUCUUCCUCUUCUCGGUGCUCGCGUUCAUCGCGGUGCGGCUGUGCGGGAGGAGCAGGGCCGCCUCGCUGGGUCGCUGCUCGGUGCCUGAGGGCCACUUUCCGGGCCACCUGGUGGACGUCGGCGGUACUGGGACCCUGUCCCAGAGCCACCAGUAUGAGGUGUGUCUGAUGGGAGACUCUGGGAGUAAUGAGUUCAAGUUCUUGAAGCCCAUCUUCCCCAACAAUCUAGGCCAGGACCUUGGGAGAAAGUCAGAAGGAAAUUCAGUCUUCCAGAAUAGUUUAGGUAUCUGAAACUUCCCUGCUGCCAUACGUUAGUUUUGUCUCCUCCACCUUUCCCUUUUCUUUUUUAAAUCCAGUAGUAAUCUUUAAUUCUGCUUGUUUUUCUUCUUUCUUCUACUGUUUUCCUUAGUAAAGUUACUCUUCGUUUUGUUUGCCUGGUUGCCCUAUAAUUACUUUUUCAGUUAUUGUGUUAUUAGUAAAAAUUUUACAUCAGGAAAUUUCAUUUUUCUGAUUAAAUUUUUAGUACUCA